UGGAGGUGGUGGUGGGGGGGAUAAAAUAAUAAGUCGACUUGCCGAAGGGGAAAGGCAAGCCAAAAGUGUCCGGGGGGAGAGACAAAACAGGUGGCGCGGAAGUUUACACUUGCAGAGGCGCAUCCCUCCGCGUCUCUUUUUUGUUUUUUUUGUCAUUAUCUGGGAUAACGUGAAAGAGACUGUAACUGGCGGUCAUCCGGCACCUACUGAUCCUGUGGUUGUCCCAGCCUCGGCCCCCGGAGCAGCAGUGCCCGUGCCUCUCCUACUCCUUGUUGUCCUCCUGUUUUGGAUCACCAGCAGCAGCAGCAGCUCAGUGUGGCGAGGCCAGGAACGAUGGGCCGGAAACUGGACCUGUCGGGCCUGACGGAUGACGAGGCGGAGCACGUCUUGAAAGUGGUCCAGCGGGACAUGAAGCUGCGAAAGAAGGAGGAGGAGAGGCUGAGUGAGAUGAAGCAGGAGCUGGCGGAGGAAGGCAGCAGAUGCUCCAUCCUCUCCAAGCAGCACCGCUUCAACGAGCACUGCUGCAUCCGCUGCUGCGCGCCCUUCACCUUCCUGCUCAACCCCAAGCGCCAGUGCCUGGACUGCCAGUACAACGUCUGCAAGACCUGCUGCACCUACAGCAAGAGGGACAAAGCCUGGCUCUGCUCUGCAUGCCAGAAGGGCAGGAUUUUGAGAACUCAGUCCCUUGAAUGGUAUUAUAACAAUGUGAAGAGUCGCUUCAAGAGGUUUGGCAGCGCCAAGGUUUUGAAGACUCUGUACAGAAAGCACAUUAUCGAGAGAGGAGCGUUCUCUGAUCUCCCAGAAAGCAGUGUUCACGAGGGAAGCACCGGCUAUGACAAUGAUGGCAGCAUCUGUGGCAGCGACUCCGCCUUCUACAGACAGAGUGAAGGACACAGUAUGGCAGAGACGCUCACAGUCGCCCUGCGUGUUGCUGAGGAGGCUAUAGAGGAGGCCAUCGCUAAGGCAGAGGAGUUCAGCGACAGCUUGGAAAAGCAGAAUGAAGCUCGGUAUCUGCGGGACCACAAAGAGGAGCUCAUAGAGGAACUUGCCACAACCAUUGUACAAAAAAUCAUUCAGAGGAGGAAGCGUUCAGAGAUGCAGACAGAGUAUGACUUUGUCUGGCCUCAACCUCAGCCUCUGAUCCAGUCCAGUGAACUGCCCUCUCCAUCUCAACCUCACUCUUCUUCACAAGGACCACAGGACCCCCUCAAGUCCUCCAGCUCCCUCUGGCGGUCGCGAUCAGCGUUCUCCCUCACCAGUGACGACUCUCCUGAGAAGGGUCCGGAGGAGGAGGGCGCCAGAGCGGGCGGAGGCCUACAGGAGUACGCUUCAUUGAAGAGGGAGGCCAAGGCCACGUCUCUGCCCAGCUGGAAGAGCGUUGAUCGCCUGGACAACUCCAGUGCAUCUUCAGUGCUCCAAAGCCCAGACGGUAACUGGAUCGCCUUGCACAGUUCUCAGCUGUCUCGGCCCAGCCUGCUAACUAAGAGGAAGAGCCUGGUGUUCAGCGUUUUGGAAAAGGAGUCAGGUGUUGUCUCGGCUUACGACGAGAUGGGGUCCGACUCUGAGGAGGACGAAGGCGGCUGGGGAGCGGCACUGAGACAGUUCCGGCGCAAGCUGUCCGACGAGACCUACUACACGGACUCGCAGCACGACCCAGAGUGGACGUACACCCAGCACCUUCCCAUUACCUCACCAUCCUCCGGCCAGUACACCAACACUGAGACACUCAACUCGGACUCAGAGGCUUCGUCAGUGCUGUCUGCAUGUCCUCGCAAACCACCUCAUAAUCUGUUGAGGAAGAAAGGACCACCGGAUACACAUCUGCACCCUCAUCACCAGCCCCUGUACCACCAACACCUCCACCAGAACUUCUCUCCGUAUCCUCUCCAUUCAGAGGCACUAGAUGUGAACUUUAACCCUAAGGUGAUGGGAGACAGCAGUGAGGCCGAGGAGAGGCAGAGCGACCCUGUGAGAAGGUCACGGCGGCGCAGGAAAAGCAAGAGAGAGUCCUCAACAGAGCAAAGCAGGCCUGGAGGCCAGAGCCACGCACAGUCCAUCUACCCCUUAGUACAAGAGGACAGUGGUUUUCUGCUCAACGCCCUGCUGAAGAGGGGUUUAAGUGAGGAACAGCCAGUAGCAGACACUGUGCCAGUGGCCACAGCUGCACCAGACGCCUUCGGAUUAGAUGCCAUGACACCAGAGCCAGAAGACUUGGACACGGUGGCCCCGAAUUCAGCUGCCCCAAGCCCCCCCCAGCCCCUCUCUCUUGCCCCUGGCUCCCAGCGCUCAGCCAGCAGCUCUGGGCCUGGAGACCCUCUGGAAGAGGAACUGAGAUCCAGACUCAGCCAGCUGGUCAACCGCGCCAACAGCAAAGACAGCAGCUCAUCUGAAGAGGAGUGCACAAAGUGGCCCAUGGACAAACAGACGGAUAGAGAAAGUGACAGACAGAGAGAAAAGACGAGACUGAGAGACACAGAGAGAGAGAGGCAGAAGGCAAGUGACAGAUUAAGAGAGAAAGAAAGUGAAACAGUGGAACCAGUGAAUGGACAAGAGACGAAAAGAAGCGAAAGACUAGUAAAGAGUCCUUCAGUGAGAGAUAGGGAGAGGAGGUUAGAGAAAGGAGUGGGAAGUUUGGAAGAGAAAGGAGAUGACCAGGAACAAAUGAGAGAAGACAAAAGAGAACCAAGCAGACAAAGUAAGAGACAACAUCAAAGAGAUGUGGAGAAGGAAGCCGGACAGAGGGGAGGAGGAGGGAGGAGGAGUGGCUCAAGCGCAAGUUCACCUGCUAUUACACCUUCUUCCCAUGAGGGGGUGCUGUCAGACAACCAGGAGGGACAGAAUGACUUGGAGCAACAGCAGAGGCUUCAGUUGCUUUCCUCUCUCUUACAGCAGCAGAAGUACUCUGCAGCCUCUCUCUGCAGCAUCACUACAGAGGUGCUGAAGGUUUUGAAUGCUACAGAGGAGCUGAUCGGUGAGGCGGGAGGUGAGAGCUACACCCCGUCUGAGUCCAUGUGCGCUUCUCCCAUCUCCAGCAGCUCAGAGACCCGCAAGCUAGACCAGAGGCUGACCAAGAUGGAGGAGAAUGUGUACCUGGCUGCUGGUGCUGUGUACGGCCUUGAGGGGGCGCUGGGGGACCUGGAGCAGUGUGCCCGCCGUAUUAGCAGCGGUACCACGGACACAGAGCUGGCCUUCCUGGAAGACCAGGUGGCCACUGCAGCUGCUCAAGUCCAGCAGUCUGAGCUACAGAUAUCAAACAUUGAGGCGAGGAUAUCAGCUCUGAAAACAGCUGGGUUGAACGUGACUGUCUGUAAUCGCUUCUCUAAGUACAAGCCAAAGGCUAAGCCUCAAACUCUGGACUCAUCACGCCAUCAAAGGAGGAAGCUUCCAGCACCUCCACUGAAAGAAAAGUCGGAGCCAGAGCAGCAGGUGAAAGUGUUUCGGCCAUAGUGACAGUCGGCAGCACAACGAGUCCCUCAGGGCCACAUCAGAGCCCCAGGGGACAGGGGCCGUUCUCAUCCAGUGCCUUGACCCAGCGUCCGCCUCCAGCUCCAAGCCAAGCAGGGACCAACACCUUCCCUGUGUGAGCCCACCAAACACUGAGCCCUAAUCCAGGCACUGUACCACGUCAGUCAAACACCUCAAAGAAGACAUGACUGGCUCUUACCGUUUUUCCACUUCAUCCUCAUGACUUGACAGUCGGUAUCUCUGCCUUAAAAUCUGCAAACACUCCUCAUGACCCAAUUCCAAAAGAAUAUCUGUACAAAGAAAAAAACUGUCAUUUCCUUUUUCUAUCUGUUUGCGAGAGUAUUGUGAUUUAAUGUACAAUGAAGAUGUAGAAAAAUCAUGUGAAACUUUAUGUGAUUCAUUGUCCCAAAAAGAGGCUGAGCCGUGUUUUAUACAGCAUCUUCUUUCUCACCAAAUGAAAUGUUAUGAGGAAUUAUAGCAUUCUAUAUGCCCCUUCAUAGCUUUUUUGGAUGAUUGUCAGUUUUUCACACACACACACACACACACUCACAAAAACAUAUCGGAUGGUAAUCCUCAUUUUGGGGAUGAUUGUAACAGCUUUGACAUUUUAACAAUUUUAAAAAUAAAUGUAUUAAGUAUCAGGGGCAAAGUGUUUUUGUCCUUUCCUGCCACUAAAAUUACUAGAUGGCAAUAAAUAAACACAAAGCACACUUGAGAAAUAUGUCACUCCUGGUGGACAGCCAAUUAAAACAACAACUAGACAACAAAAUUUUUUGAAAUUUGAUUAUUCACUUUCUUGCAGGAGAGUUAAACGAGAGGAUCCCUAUUACCCUUAUGUUUGUACGUAAAAUAUAAAGAAACUGCAGUAUAGCUAGCUGCUACUUAGUUUAACUUAGCAUAAAGAUGAAAAAAGGGUAGAAACAGCUAGCUUGACUCUGUUCAGAAAGGAGAAAAAAUGUUUACUACCACCUUGAAAACUGUUAUACUUUGUCAGUUUAAGUCUUCAACAAUUGGGGGCAGCAGAAGCAAGUUGUGAACAAUACACUGACGUAUCACAUUUUAAGUCAAACUUGAUGCUGAUGAUGUUUCUUUUUCUGGCAUUAGCUUCUUAUUUAAUGUACAGACGAGAGUGGUAUCUGUCUUCUCGUGAAACUCUCAUCAAGUCAAGUGAAUGUACAUGCACACACACACACACACACACACACACACACACACACACACCCAAAUACAAUACUGGUAAGACCUGAUCAAUAGACACACACGUACACUGGAGCCUUAAUGUGGAAGCUGUGGGCUUUUACAAUGAAAUUAGUUAAAAUAAGGUUUGAAUAAGUCUGAAUGUCAAACCCAUAUUGAGCUCAGUAUAAACCUCCAUAGGUCUGACAUUCAGGUCUGGUCUGAAAGUGUUCUCUUUUUCUUUCUUUCUUUCUUUUUUUAAGCCUUUCCUCAAUGCAGUAGUCUUCAGCCCGGAGUCAUUUUCCUCCUCUCUGUCAUUUUCUUUGUUUACUUUAAAACGCUGUGGCCUUUUGUUUGAACAAAAAGGUAUCUUCAUGUUUUCCCUUUGCUGGGUCAUGUCCAAACUUUCAGCAUUCAAAAAAUCUUGUUAAGAUUUUUACAUAAUGAAGUCUGAUGGGCUAUAUAACAAAUGCCAUGAAACCAUGAUUUUGUUACAAGCAAUUUAUUUUUGUACUGAACGUUUUUAUGCAAUACCACUGAAAUAAGUACUAUUGCAAAUUAAAGGCUUUAUUCUCUCCUCAAAGGAGCCCUCCUUAGUCAGUCCUAUCAUGUGUGAUGACUCAAAAGUGCUUUCAGUGUAUGUCUGCAUUUACCAUUUGAUAUUGUCCCAGUAAUGACGAUGGUAAAUGCUACAAAAACACAGGUGACAACAGGCAUUUUAGGAGCGGCUAGUACAGUUCAUACUGUGUUUGUACUUCUUAAUCAUUAGAUUUGAGAAUACUGCCUUACAUGUUUUUGGGUUCUUUUACUCUGACCACUUAACAUUAGUUAGAAUAUCAGUUAGUCAUUCACACAGUUGUCAAAGUUUUUGCUUUGGCUACAGCUUAAGAGCAGGGUUGGAUUUCCUGCUGGAACUAAAAAGGCGUGAUGAUCUUCUGUAUGAAUGCUCUGCCCCUUCUAUUAGUGACCUUUUCAUCCCAGCCUUUCACAUCUCUGGUUUUGCACAUUGAUCCUGUACUUCUGUCAAUCUUGUUCUCCAGAGGUGUCGAUGUAUAAAAGCAUGUUUCUGGUUUUAUCAAAAUUGAUGUAAAAAUUUCCCAUGAGAAGCACAGCCACAAGGGUCCAAUCAUCGGUGUCCUGUAUUUUUAUAAUGUAAAAAAAUAUGAUCUCAUCACAGAAUUUGUUAAUAUAUGUAUAUGUGUGAAAAGAUGGAUAUGAUAUAGAAUAAUGUGUGUAUUGCCCAAUCAUAGUUGACAAAUCUUUCAGUGUUGUGUGCAAGAGACUGUGUAUAACUGUCAUGACUUAUAAGGCUGGAUUCACACAGGAAGUCUAAUUUUCUACUGUAACUGUGUCCCAGAUACGCAGAAGUAAUGAGAUUCACGUGGCUAAAAAACAAUAUUACUUUUUUCCUGUUUAAAUCCAGUGUGAAUGACUAUGAGGAGGCUCACUGUGCACAGCUCCACAGGUGGGCCAUUCACUUUUAUGUGCAAUCGUUUGUUGCAAUCCAUAUGACAUGUUCGGGAAAAUAUAAACGUGCAAAAAAUACAGAUUCUCUAUGUGCCACAGUACUCUGAGAAAAAAAAAAUGUAUUAUGAGAUGAAUAAAAUUUGCAAAUGUAAAGCA